CCUCGUUCACUCACAUUGUGUGUGCGCGCACGCCAGCAGCACGUUGGUGGCUUUCCCCCCCCUCAUCUCGCCUCAACUUUACGCCCAUUGAGUCGCGCUCUCGCUCUCUCUCGAGAACAGAACCCCCUGCAACCCCGACCCGGCUUCUUAUUAUUUGCUCCCCUCGCGACCAACCAUGUCGGCCUCGGCGGCAAAAGUGAGUAAAAAGGAGCUCAACUCGAACCACGACGGAGCGGACGAGACCUCCGAAAAGGAGCAACAGGAAGCGAUUGAACACAUUGAUGAAGUUCAAAAUGAAAUCGACAGGUUGAACGAGCAGGCCAGCGAGGAGAUCCUGAAAGUAGAACAGAAGUACAACAAACUCCGCCAGCCGUUCUUUCAGAAGAGAUCAGAACUGAUCGCCAAAAUCCCCAACUUUUGGGUCACCACAUUUGUCAACCAUCCACAAGUAUCCGCCCUACUGGGGGAGGAGGAUGAAGAGGCGCUUCACUACCUGAGCCGAGUGGAGGUGACAGAGUUUGAAGACAUAAAGUCAGGCUACAGAAUAGAUUUUUAUUUCGACGAGAACCCGUACUUCGAAAACAAAGUCCUUUCCAAAGAAUUCCACCUGAACGAGAGCGGCGACCCGUCUUCAAAGUCAACGGAAAUCAAAUGGAAAUCGGGAAAGGACUUGACCAAACGCUCCAGUCAGACGCAGAACAAAGCAGGCCGCAAGAGGCAACACGAAGAGCCCGAGAGCUUCUUCACCUGGUUCACCGACCACGCUGACGCCGGCGCUGACGAGUUGGGAGAGGUCAUUAAGGACGACAUCUGGCCUAACCCGCUGCAGUACUACCUGGUCCCUGACAUGGACGAUGAGGAGGGCGAAGGCGAAGAGGACGAAGAGGAUGAAGAAGGCCUGGAGGACAUCGACGAGGAGGGCGACGAGGACGGAGAAGACGACGACGAUGAUGAUGGAGAAGAUGGAGAGGACGACGAGGGAGAAGACGACUGAGAAGCCCGGCCGCGUCCUCCUCACCUUUCUAGUCCCCAUUUGCUUUAUCAAUUCAUAUUCGGGAGCAAAGGUUUAUUUUUGCUGUUCAUUUUGUUUUUGUCGUUGUUUUAUUAAGUCCAUGCGUGCGCUUCAUUUUUGACAUUCGGACGCCCCCUUUUUCUCCUCCUUCACCCGCGGGUUCCGUUUCGAUCUCUAAGAAAAGGCCGGCGGCACUUUUUCCUCCCCCAAUUGUGAGUAUACGUACCGACACAAACAACCCUUGGGGUUCAUCUCUCCUUGCUCUCUUGUUGAAGAUAUUACAUAAUAAAAAAAAAAAAUAGAAUUGUAGAA